AGACUCACCCUUUCAGAUAUCUGCUGGUCUGAUUCCAUGUGAUAACGGUCCGUCAGCAUGAACUUUGUCAUUCCGAAGAAAAAACGUGCAGUAGAGAAGCCCGUUGUAGAUAUAUCUUCACUUGAGCCUAAGGCUACGAUUGAGGAUGCACCAAAAGAUUCGGACAAGUUCAACACUGUCAAGAACAUCGUCUUGAAUGGCCUAUCAGAUCGGCAAGUUCAACAAUUUUUGAAUGUGGACAAAGCACAAACAAUAAAAAAUCCGUUUCUUGAGUAUAAGUAUGACCAGUUUAAAGCAAAUCUUCGUAGUUGUGGACAAAGCGAUGCAGAGAGCUACGAAUUUCUCCUGCUUGGAUAUGACAAUGAUGAUCUGACACAUAUAGCCGACAAUGGCUAUGCUGUUGGUACCUCCUUCAUUGGUGAUCUGGGAGCACCAACGCGAGGGGUCUAUCUCUACCGUUACGUAGAUCUUGUGUCCCCUUCACUUUUUUAUAAAGAGGAGACCAUGCGAGUCAUGGUUUUCCGUACAUUGAGAGGGAAAAGUUACUCCGUUGGACUCGGGUCUACGGAACUGGAACCUACUAUGGAGUGUUGCAGCCAUAUCGCAGCUAACGAUGGCAUUCCAAAUUCGCGAAAAUCUCGGCAGCAAUUGCAUCGUCAGGCAGCGGUAUAUCAUUACGAGUACAAUAAGGAUCUAUCUGUUGCUGAAGUCCCUUCUGGAGUCCUACCAUUUGCGGUUGUGGAUCUAAAGUUUAACCUGCCUGAGAAGACUCACUACUCCAACUUUCUUUCAGCAGCAGGAUACAUUAACGAAGCCCUCUAUUUCACUCCUGUGUAUGAAGGUAGUCUCAACAUACUAGCUGCAAAAUUUCCGCGGGCAGUAUUGAGCACAAGUUUUGAAGAUUCUAAUAAACCACAUGGAUUGGACGAAUCCUUGGGGUUUACGAAGCUGCUUUUAUGGGCAGAUGUGUUUGAUAUCAAGGGCGUAAGUCAGUUGAUGGCUCAAGAUACCUGGGGUUUGAUCGCUAGACAACGCGAAGUUUGCGUCAAGAAUGAUUCCGAUCGCGAGAAAUGGAAAGUUCGAUAUGUUUCUCACUUCAUUUGGACGUGCGCUGAUCCACGCUUUAUCACCCUAAUCAACAGCAUGCGCGUCGAACAAUGCGCUGCUGUUGCGUAUUCCAUAGAUGCAUCAACGCAUAUAGCGUUUCCAUCUGGACAGUUUUCAAGCAUUCUUGGAUUGCCGUGGCUUCAUACACCUGCUCUUCAUGUGUUGAUUAUCAACACUAAUCCACUUUUCUAUUUCGAUCCAAAUGAUGAGUUUUGCUUGAAUGAGGAAAGUGUACUUGCCACGAAGACGCCUUUGGGCACUGCCAUCCUAGAUGGAGACGACGUUGCUUUAUGUCGCUUUUUUGAUAGUCAAGCUGCACCUCAAUUAAAUACAACCGAUAAUGGUAACGGGUCUGUGCGUCCACCGCCUCGUGUGCAAGCUAUCAAUGGAGAUUCUCCGCGCAAGGAAUCUCCUCGGCAAAGCAUUGACGAAGUCCCUUCUACACCUCAAAGCGAUACGGAUGCCGAGCAUACUCCUCCGCCAGCCGUUAAUCUUCCAUCUUCAGCCGGAAAAAGCUGCCUUCGAAGUAAACCACCACAAGUUUUUGUUGAGCAACCUCCACUCAUUGGGAAAAGUGUGCCACCACCACCUCCUAUACCUGGUGCUCCACGCGUUGCUUCGCAUGCUCCUUUACCCAGGAAAACGCGAAUUCGUUGGGCGGAAAAUGUUGUGGAUAAUGAGCAUAAGUUUGGAAAGAAGCUGUCGAAUGACCGAGAUGAGGCAGUAAAGGCUGGCCUGCAUACUAGAGCUCCUCCUAAAGACUUACUAACUAGAAAACCUCCUGCUCCUGUUCCUCCACCUCUUGCAACUAUGCCUCCAAAUACACCCGCAUUCGGUGUCAGUCCGGGACCCUCAGCGCCGCCUGCUGGCGGAAUAAAGUACAAGGAUCUGUUUCAAGGAGUUUUCAGUACUAUAGCAAAGGGAAAAGGUAUUGAUAAUGAAUCCAACAAUGACGAAUUGGUGCCGUCCACACUUCCUUCCACAUCGGAGACAUCGAAGAUGCCAAUCAUACCGAAACGUAUUGGAGGAAAUAAGAAUUGUAUAAUAACUUCACUUCCGUUACCAUCUAUUGGUCGCAGCGCAGAGGCUAACAAGGAACUUGCCGGCGCUUCAUCAUCGGCUGCUCAACCAGAGGAUCCUACGGUUUGCGAUAUGGAGAUUGAAUCAAGCUCGGAGGGCACUCCAACUCCUCCACAAGCCAAAUCUUCUCCGGACGGAUUUGACGAUGCGGUGGAUUUUAUUGAUGAUCAGGAUGAAGAUUACGAUGCGCAGUUCAAAUGCGAAAUUGUGGAUGAACCUUCCGAUUCACCUCAGGGACCAGCUUCUCCUGUUCCAGCAGCGCAGAGUGUAGGGCCACCAACUACUACCAUUCCCGUUGAAACGGAAAAUUCACAGAAAGAAACAGAAAUAGAAGUCUCAACACUACUGAAAGAACUUGCCCCGAAAAAGGAAGAGAAAAGUGUGCUCGAAUCACUGAUUGAUUCUGACACUCCACCGAGUGAAGCCCCAGCUAGCCCUCCGUCAAGUCCACCAAGGACAGAAAUGCCGGAAAAUGUUGUGAGGCUGCUUGAGUUGCUACGAGGAAAUGAGACGUCAUCCAAAAGUCGUGACACUGACUUGCGAAAAGAAAUUCCUGUCACCAGCGCAUCUGCCGCUACUAAUCCAGAGUUUGGAAGACCGCGGAAAUCGCGAUUUGAUCAACCACCACCCGAAAUCGCUGGAGCCGGGUUCGUACCCAAACCCGUCCCUACGUCAUCAAUCGGUUAUGUUGGCACGGUACCAGCAUUAGGUUCGUCUGUCAAAGACACUGAUCUACGAUCCCAACCACCUGCAACGUUGGCAUUCUCUAUCAAGAAGACUACAACAACUUCAGCCUUGAACCCUCCAGCUCCUCUUAUUUUUGGUGAAGACGUGGAUGAUGAAGAUGUAGCAGAUAAUCAGCGAAUAAAGACAAAUGAACGGAAGGACCGUGAUGACCGAGUGAAACGAUGGGAUAAGCCAGCCGACGUUACAGUGAAAACCAUAACAACACAACCGGAAGCUCCGAGGAAUACCGUGCCUCCAAAUCUGGUUCCUGGGAAAGAUAAGCCACCCGAAAAUAGACUGUUCCAUCUUCUGACCGGAGCCAGAAUGCUGCAAUCACAGCGAGACAAACAAGGUGGUGAUUUCGUUCCUCCAAUUACAACGCAGUCUCAGUCAACGCCAUACUCUGCUCCCUUGACGCAGUCUGGGGUAACCCCAUUGCCACGAACACUGCCAAUGGCAGUCGGAGCCAGUAAUGCUUCCACCAGUGCACCAUCAUCUACAAGUACCCCCGUUACAUCUACAUCAACAACUCCGUUGUCACGAGUGCCAGUGACAGUGGGAGCAAAUGCUACCAGAAAUACAUCUUUCUUCCAAAGUACUACCACCAUGUCUGCGUCGGCCAUUCAGUCUUCACGGAUGCCAGUGACAGUCGCGUCCAAUGCAAGCAGCAAUACAACUGUGACCAAAAGCACUUCCUUGACAUCUACAUCGACCUCACAGUCUUCAAAAUUCGACACAAUUGGAAAUGCAUUUGGACUAUCGAAUAAUGUGAUCCAGCAACUUUUGAAAAGAUCUAGCUCAUCCUCGCAGCUCCCGCAAUCAGCUCAAAAUUCUGCUCCUGAAAAAGUCCAGGACGCUCCCGCCUCACCCGAUCCACCAGCUUCACCCGAGCCUGAAGGUCCUGCAUCGCCAGAUGCACCAGCUUCUCCUGAUCCUGAAGAACGGCCUGUCAACGGGCUUAUACCACUGAAUCCAAAGCCGCAUUCAGAAAUACCAUUGGAUUGUUGGCAACCCACAGAGGAUAAACGACCAGAACCGCCAAAGAUAAUCACCGUACGAACUCCUAAGAAACCAAAGCGGCCAAAAGAUAUCGACGGUAUAGUUUGCAAGGGAGGCGAAGAUCAACUGAUGCAUUCAUGGAUUAAAGCAGUAGAACAGAAGUCGGAAACGAGUUCAAAAAAGGCAACAAGCUCCCGUAGCUCUCGUUCCGCCGAUGAAGAGGAAGAAGAAGGGGAAAUUCUUAGCGAUGGGUCUGAUGAGGUGGAGGAGAAGCCGCCUCCCAAGCCCGUUCCAGUUCAGGAGAAACCCAAACCUAUCUCGGUCAUUGGCGCAUCAACAAAUAACUUCCAUUCUACAAUUGUCAAGAAAACGACCAAACCAGAUACUGCAACCAAGAUAUCUCCGUUUCAACCUGGUGUGUUCCCACCACAGGCAGUUGUACGUCCUUUUACUAGCGAACCAAAUCCUGUGACCCAAAGGGGGUUCCCCAGUUUCCCACGCAACGGUCCAUUUGGAACGGUAUCGCCAUGGGCUUCAAACUUUCCUCCUCCAGCUCGACCUGUACAAGUGAGCCCUUUUCAAUUUGGUCUCCCUCGCCAGGAAGCUCCUAGCAUCACUGUCAUCGUGCCAGAUUUCAUGAUGUUCAACCGAGCGGCAAUGGCACGUAUGGAUCCCCCUGGCUUUGAAGCAUUCUGCGAGCGUCUGAAAGUGAUACAAACUAAAGAGAAUAGGAUAGUAUCGCUACAAAUACAUGAGCGGUUGCUUCAAUACCUUCGAGAAAUGAUGCAAUCACUAGCUGGAUCCGAAGCUGGUAACGCUUUUCAUAUGUACUACUCCAUUAUUGCUAAAUACAAAGAGUUUGGCAUAGUGCAGUUCAUGGUGAGACAUGCAUGUGAUGAUGGUGAUGUUUGUGCGGCACAGACUAUCAAUUGCUUUUCUGGACUUCGCAGUCACUAUCAUCCCUCAACGGUUAUAAUUUACAUGUCGAAUAUGUCACCAAGCUCGGCCACAGGAACUGCACUGUCAUCUUUGGGAGUGCGAGUGAUUACUCCAUGCAAUGUGAUGCGAACUUUUGGUUUUGAUACCCAAAGAAGCCCAUUCCUUUCAUAGCACUUUAAGGCCAUUAGUCAAUACUAUUUUUGUUCUUUGCAUAUCUUCCAAAGAUCUGUGCUAGUAGGCUUUUCUAGUGACCCAGAAGGCUCUGAUUGUUUCUUACGAGUACUCAAAUAGAUUGUGAAGAAGUUUCCACAUUAUUUGUAAUCCGACAUUUGUAAAGAGGCCGAGUCUACUACUCAAACCCAUCGUUGUACUUGUUUUUAGCUUUGUCACUUGUCACUCUCUUGCUGAUGGUGAUAGUCCUUCCGAAGAUACCGGUAUUUCUGAGUUUGUAUUAAUUCGUGCUGUGUGUUUGUUCAAUAUGUACAUCUUUACAUGCUACAAAUGUGUGUCCCAUAGCCGAAGACAGAAUUAUUUAUAUGAAUAUGCUAUGCUAAUAUGCUUCAACCAUUUUAUAGAAUGUGCCCAUCAGCAUUAGUUAAAUUGCUCCGUUUGUCAGUGCUGUGCAGUGCCCGUGAUUUAUUACUGUUAUUUUCUGAAGAACCCUUACUCGAUAUGUACCUAAGACGCUGUUGAGCACAU